AUGAACUGCAAUCGCGCCCAUCAUACAAUCGUCUUAGCUGAGCCUCAGUAUCAGGAGCUCCACCAUUUACGCAAUCAGCAAUUCCAGGUGGACAAGAAUCACAAAUACUCGGGCGUUGACCUCGUUGCCUCUCCCUCCGACAUACCACCAAAUACCACCAGGUUCGUUCGUGGCCGCCGUCAUAAAGCUUGUCGGAUCCAGUCUUUGGAUGAAUAA